AUGAAGAUUAACUUUCGAAAUAAUAGAGUUCUUUCUGUUACAAGCAAAACAGGCAGAUAUUUUACCGUUGAUUCACCAUUUUCAUAGGAUAGCAAAAAUAUCUAACUCUAUUCAUUUUGGGUCAAGUUUGAUGCAGCAGAAGUUCAAACAGCUACUAUUUUCUCCUUUGUAACUGACUGGAAAAAUAACAAUCAAAAAAUUGAUAAGUUCUUCUUAACACUAAUUAUGGAAUAUGAAUCUAAUGAGUAGAAUAUUAAGUGGGAUGAUAAUAUAUCUAGUUAUCAACCAAGUUCAUAGUGGUGCCAUGUACUUGUUGGAUGGAUUUCUAAAAAUGAAAAUUCCUUGAUAGUUUCUUUUAACAAAAAAGUAUCAUAGGUUAAAUAUGCAGGUGAACCAAGAGAUUUAGUUCAUUAGAAGACAUUAAUAUUUUUCAAUUACAUUAACAUGAAAACAUCUGGCAGGUAUAUUUUAAUGGGUGAGAUAUAGUUUUGGAGCUUCCCAUCAACAUAAUUCUUUCCUGAUGCCUUUUUGGAUAGGUACUAUGGUAUCUCGUUUAAAAACUAUUAAUUGGGGAAAUCUGAAUAUCUUAUUGAAUACUAUUAUCCUUUGGAUGAAGGACCAUUUAUUAUUUGGAAUGCUUCAAUUAACACAAAUUUAAGAAUAGAAGUAACAAUACCGACAGAUUUAGAACCAGAAAACUAUGAAUAACAAUUCAUUAAACCAGCAACUCAUAAGGUUCUAUGUCCUCCAGGAUAUAGGAAUACCUUUGAUACAAAUAAUUACUUGUAAACUUGUUUGACAUGUAAUAAGUUUUGUGUCGAAUGCUCAUAACUUGAUGAAAAAGCAUGUCUAGUCUGUAAUCCUCCAUUUAAUCUCAAGGAUGCAAGAUGUGUAAAAGAUGAUUGCCUUGUUGGAAGUUACUAUGAUCCUGAUAUUUACGAAUGUAUGCCUUGUUCUGAGCCAUGCUCAAUGUGCUCAUCACUUACUAAAUGCUUGUAUUGCAUUCCAGGUUUUUUGUAUGUAGACGAUGGCUCAAAUUCAUGUGUUUCUUAGGCUGAUGGAUGCCCAAAUGGUACCUUUCCUGAUAAACACGGUAUGCCAGUAUGUAAUAAAUGCUAAUAAAAUUGUGCUGACUGUAAUUCAUAUGACAAUUGCACCUCCUGUACAAAAGGAAGCAGACUAAGUAAAGGGAAAUGCUCAUUGUCUUAUUGCGGAAGUGAAACUUAUUUUGAUCCUACAACCGAAACUUGCAGAAGUUGCCCUGCUAAUUGCUCUUCUUGUAUAAGCAAUAUUUGUACUGACUGUAUUGAAAGCACAGUUUAUAAACUAGGUAAAUGUGUUGAAACAUGUGGAGAUGGUUAUUAUUAAGACCCUAAUAAAAACCUUUGCCUGCAGUGCUAUUAAAAUUGUUAAACCUGCAAUUUUACAGAUCACACUUGCUAUUCAUGCAAAUAGGGAUUUUAUCUCUUCAAUAAUACUUGUAUUAGUAGAUGUCCAUAUGUAGGUUACUUUGAAAACUCAACUAGUAGGGUUUGUGAACCUUGUGAUAUGGGUUGUGAGAUUUGUAUUAAUUCUCCAUCAGAUUGCAUUACAUGCCUUCCAGGUGUACUUCAGGGUGAUCGUAAAUGUGUAACCUCUUGUGAAGUAAAACAGUAUUAAUCCAUUACUGGAAAAUGCUAUCCAUGUGAUGACUCAUGCGAGGAAUGCUUUGGCUCUUAAUUUUCUGAAUGCUCAAAAUGCAGUGAUAGGUUCUAUUUAUUAGGUAGUUCCUGCAUUGAUGAAUGCCCUACUCCAUUCUAUGCUGAUGAGGAUGCUAGAAUUUGCAAGGAAUGCAAAUAUUUUUGUGACAAAUGCUCAAAUAGUGAUUUUUGCGAAUAAUGCAAGUAUGGGUAUCCUUAGCUUACAAGUCCUGUCUUAAAUUGUUCAGGAGAGUAUUAUCUCAGAACAAAUACAUCUAAGAUUCUAAACCUUCCAUUAAAUCCCAUCAAAUUUUAGCCUACUUCAGAACUUGAUAGCAUAACUGUUGAAUUAUGGUUUAAAGCUGACAAUAUUAAUAGCUAGGCUUUAGAAAUAAUACUUGGCAUGUCACCUUAUAAAUUGAGAAAGAAAUUCGGACAAAACACUAUUGAUAUUCUUUUUAUGGGAUCAUUAAUCUACUGUGGUACAGAAGGAUUUGAUCUGAGCUCAGAAAAUUGGAUUCACUUUGCUUUUUCAAUUUCAAAAACUUUGCUAUCUUUUAACUGCUAUUUAAACGGAUAGUCUUAUAGCAUCGGAGAUAAUGCAGCAUUUCUAGUUGCUUAAAAUUUAUAAAAGCCAUAAGAAAUUACACUAGGCGGUACAGUCUACCCCUCAGGGCCGGAAAAUCCUUUUGUUGGGUAUUUUAAAGAGUUCAGAUUUUGGAAUGUAGUCAGAAAUCAAUUUGAAAUAGAUUCUUUUAAAUUUGUUGAUGUUUCAAUGAGUAAAUCCUCACUAUUUGCUUAUUGGAAAUUAAGUGAGCCAAAUGAUGGAACUGUAUAAGUUUUCACCGACUCAGCUGCUGAUAAUUUAAAGUUUGAUCCAACUAUCCCUACAACUUUUACAAGUAUUUUAGCACUGAAUGCCAAUCAUUAAACUGUAUAAAAACUUAUGGAAUUUAGAGAAAUAUAUUUGAAGAUAUGUCCAAAAGGGUAAUAUCCUAUGUUUGAUGAAAAAAUAGGAUAUUAUAUCUGCAAUCCAUGCCAUUCUAAUUGCUUGAAUUGCAUAGGUCCUAAUAUAAAUCAAUGUAUUUAGUGUGAACUACCUCUUAAACUCAUUUAAGAUUCUCGCACUUGUGAAAUAAUUUAAAGCUGUCCAAACGGUCUAUUUAUGGAUAAAGUGACAGGACUUUGUAGAAGAUGCGAUGAUUUUUGCCAAAGUUGUAAAGAUGACCCUAGCAAUUGUGAUGUUUGCAAAUUAAUGGCAUUUAGAUAAUAUAAUGGUCCUAGCUGCGUUAAUAAAUGUCCAUCAGGAAUGUAUGGAAAUCAUGAAAAAUAGAAAUGCUUUCAAAAUCCUAGAAUCAACUAUAUUACCCCUGAAACUGAUAGUCUAUUUAGUAUUGAAGACUUUAUAGAUAUCAAAUCAUCAUAUACUAUGCUUAACUCAGAACCAAAUAAUACUUUCAAUAUUGGCUGGAUUAUUACUAGGUAAAAAGGAUCUCUUGAUAUAACAUAUGAUGUCAUCAAAACUUAUUAUCAAACUGACUUAACAAGAGUUCAUCUUGAUAGCAACGUCCUUUAAGCAAAUAACUACUAUACGCUUACAUUCUUUGUCAAAGGAAAUGACACUUUUUACAAAGAUCUGUAUGUUACUCUAAGUCAUGAAAUAUAUGUUGGAAUACAGCCAAGAAGUGGGAAAUGUGCAGUAACUCCUCUAAUAGGAAUCGCCCAAGUUACCAAGUUCUAAAUAAAGCAGUAAAACUGGAUUGAUAACGAGCCUAUUGACAGAUAUGACUUCUCAUAUUCAAUGGAUGGUGAGAUAUUUAUUCCUAUCGAUUCAUCGACCACACCAAACUUAAAUUACACUUUUUCUGCAACUUACUAAAGGUAUACCAAUGUGAUUUUUAAAUGCACAGUAGUCAAUGUGAAAGGAUUUUAGAAUUCAGCUUUGGCAACAAUAUCCUUAGAGAAGAAAUCAUCUGCUGAUGCUAGCGUAGACUUGCAAAAGUUCAAAACUGACAACCUUGAAAAUGAAAUAAGCUAUUUAUAAGCUUUGAGUUAAUUAAAACUAAUAACGCAGUAUCUUGGUGACUUGCCUAAUUUGGAAGUAGACAGGUUCGAUCCUAAAUUAGAGGCUUAAAAGUGUGAUGACAAACUGUGCAAUUAUAUUGGAAUCUGCAUUUAUUAGCCCUUCAAUAAAAAGUACUACUGCAAUUGUAGUGAGCCCUUUGGAGGGUUGAAUUGCUCCUAUUCAAAUAGAACCUAGAUUUCAGUAAUUUAGAAGUAUUAACUAGAAUUAGCUUUUAAGUAUAACAUGCUUGCAACUCGAGCAUAUGAGAUUGAAUUCUUAAAGAUAUGCACUUAUUAAAUAGAGCAAAUAAAUGACGGGUCCUUUGGCUUGAUAGUGUAGAUUAUUAAUAGCAAAAUGAUACCAUGGGAAAAUUAGCCUCAAAGUUAAGAGACAUUAAAGAUUUUCUUGAUGAUUGCUUCAAACUUAUUGGAAUAUAUAGAGAAAAAAAUUACUUUGAUAACUGCUACAACAGGGUGGAAGAAUGAUACAACUCUUAUUGAGAAUAUUUAAGAGAGUUUAUAAUAAGUAAUGGCAAUAGUAGCUAAAAUACGGUAAAAUUAAUUAGAAUAAGUUAGUAUGCUUGAUCCUCUUUAUCAGUAUUAGACAAGAAUGAUCUCCUUUAAAUAGAUGCUAAUAAAUUAGGAUACCCUGAUACUUAUUCAGGCUUCAAACACAAUUAAAAAAAGUUAAAGAACAGCAAUACUUAUAUCCCCAAAUAAUUUUGAUGAUCCAAAUUUAGCUCUUGAAAAUGAAUUUAUUCUAGAGGCUAUUGAGUAUGCUAUCAACCCAUAUUAAAUCAUCAACUCCUAAAAUAUCUCAAACAAUGUGUUCGAGGUAAACUUUUAUAAUUUAUCUACCCUGGAAAAGGCAACUAUCAAAAAUUUGAAUAAAGGUUUUGAAUUCUCCUACCCGUUUUAAGACAAUUAAAAUCUUAGUGAGUUUAUGUAGACCUACAACUCACUAAGUCCUUACAAAGCAGCAUAGAAUUAUAAAAGAAUUAAAAUGCUAAACUAAAGUGAAAUUUCAUGCACUUACUGGAAUGGAACUUAGUGGAGUAAAAAUGGCUGUUAGUUCAUUGGUGUUGAUCUUACUCAUAUCAAGUGUCUGUGCAAUCAUCUAUCUGCUUUUUCACCUAUAUUUCAUACUCCAGUGGAGAUUAUAGCAUAAGAAGUAGAAUAGUUACCCGCUUAGUAUAAAUCUGCCGAAGAUGAGGAAAACGGAAAGAUAACAAAAGAAGAUUUAAUAGUUCCAUUCGAUAGAUAUUUCAAGAAUCUCGAGGAAUUAUUAUAGCAUAAAACGCCUUCGCCUAUAGAUUUCAUGUUCAAACCAGGUAUUUACGUUGUAUUGGCAUUUUGGUUUAUGUAUAUAUCAGGACUUGUUUACUACUCUGGUAGGGAUAGAAAGAACAGGCAAAACAUGACUAAGAAAUAAAUUAGAAAUGACUUAGCUGAGAUACCAGACAAAGAAAUAUAGUGUCUCUAAGAGGUUAUCAAUGAGAUACUUAUUCAGGAACAAAUGGCUAAAGAUCCAAAAGUAAAUUAUGAUGACACGAAGUCAAUAGAUAAUCUAUUCGACACAUCGAGUCUAAAACAAUCCAACGAUGGCCUAAAAAAAUAUAACGAUGCUGAUGAAUAUUUCAAGUCAACUAAUAAACUAAAGUUAUAUGAGGAGCUGACUAAAGAAUAAUAGAAAGAUCUCAGAAGAAAAGCCAAGGCUAAGGUAUUUGGCAGAGCUGGUACUCCUUUCCAAAGAGCAAAUAGGUUCUACAAAUAAACAAUAAAACAUCACCCUGAUCCUAAUGAGAGGAAAAUGGUAUUCUUCAAUGAAUCAUUGAAAAAUACACUAUGGAUGAGUCUAAUGUCCAAAAAUAGUAAAAUAUCUCCUAGACAUGUAAGGCUGACUCUGCUUUAUUUAAACAUAUCUCUACAUCUCUUGAUAUCAAGCUUUGGUUUUGCUUUUGGAUACUAUGAUAUUGUCUAACAAACUCUUCAGAACACAAUGUAUAUUGCAGCAGCUUGUGCUACUGGUUUAGUAAUUGCUCCCUGGAUAAUAGCGAUUCCAGUUGCAUUGAUAUUAAGAAUUCCUAUGAGCCUCAGGAGGCAAAUUGAAGGUGUCAAAACUAGAAUGAUUAACAAGGCUUUUGAUGAAAUUGAUAAACAGAUGGGGUGUAGAUAUGCUGUUGGCUAUUUUAUCUGCUAUUUCUUUUACUUUGCAAUGACAGCCUUUGUGAUUUUCUUUAAUUAUCUUUACCCUGCUUAAUUUUGUAUGGACUGGCUUUUCAUUAUAAUUGUGACAUAUUUUCUUGACAUAGUUGUAUUCACAUUUGGAUAUGCAGGAUUGCAAUUAAUUCUGACUGUGGUUGGCAGUAAAAUCAAAUUCUUCUUCAAGGUUUGGAGGAUGAUGGAAUUAUUUAGGUAUUAUAAAAAUCUUAGGGGAUGA